GCCAUUUUGGGAGCGAGGCGAGUUGUACGUCGGGGCCCGGCGCGUGGGGAGCGGCUGAGCGGCGCGUUCCCACCCAGCAGCCUCCGCGCUCCGUCCGCCAGGCCGCUCGGUCCCGAGGAGACUCGGCCCUUUCGCUGCGUUGUGGGGGCUGUGGCCGGCCACCUGCGUCCGCAGGGAUUCGCGGCGGCGCCCGGGGGUCCGGGGCCGGGACUCGUUGCUGAGAAGGCGCCGGAGACCGAAGGAAGGAACCGCGCGGCUGUGAAGUCUUGAGCUUUCUGCCGCCGCCUCCUCCUCCUCCCUUGCCCGGCUUUGUUGGCACGGAGUGAACACGGGCUGGAAGUUUCGCGCUCUGACUCCUUCUGCUGGGAACCUGCGCCGCUCUUUCCUUCCCUUCUGUUGCUUGUAGCUCAUCUUCUUUACCCCAGGCAACGGGUUUGAUUCCUUUGCUAACGGCUCCAGUCCUGCUGAGGAGUUUUAUGGCAGAUAUUUUUACCUUUAUUUUUAAGUGUUUUGACAUAGCCAAUUCUGUUCUGCAGUGAAACGUCUCCUCUAAAUGAAGGGCGUAAUAGGACUUUAUUUCCCCUUUUUUCUUUUGUAUCUUAUUUGAAUCCUCUUUUUAAUUUUUUUUUUGAAAAAUGUUGCUGCCUGUAAGCAGUAUGGUGGUAUCCAGAUAGCUGUUCUUUGCAGAUGCCUUUAGAACCCGAGGCUGAGAAAUGCCCUUCAGUUCAGAUGUGAAAUUUGGAUUUUCAGUUUUACUCUUGGUCUCAUAAGAGGUUUAUUUAUUUCAUCCUGAGCUGAUGCUCAUUAUAGCAAGAUGAAUGCGGAAUAGAUGAAAAAAGAGGCUGUAAAAGGGAAAAAACAGCUUCUUAAAUCAAUGGACUUGGCAAAUUUUGGAAACAGCUUUGUGGGGUCUAUAAAAAAAGAAGGAUGGGUAGCUGAUUUCUGAGAGGUCAACUCUAUGUCAAAUAGCCACGGAUGUAGAAUCCUCAAAGACUCAGGAUAGUAUUUCAAGGAAAACAAACUGGAAAAUAUAAAUCAGACGGAGCGAACACCUUGUGCAGUCCUUUCGGAUUUGGUUUGCUAUCAACAGAAUCCACUACUGCCUCAAAGAAAAAUUAAGAUGGACAAAACAACUUAGUUCAAAAGGACUUGCCAUGAGGUGUUGAAGCCUUGUUUCUUUGGUUCGGAGAGACUGGACCUAAAUGGCGCAGCAUGACUUUGCUCCAGCCUGGCUUAAUUUUCCCACUCCACCAUCAUCAACAAAGUCAUCGCUGAAUUUGGAGAAACAUUCUGAAAACUUUUCGUGGACAGAGAAUCGUUAUGAAGCAAAUCGUAGACGACACAACUCUUCAGAUGGGUUUGAUCCUAGCAUUGGACGUCCUAAUGGAGGACACUUUGGAAGAAAAGAGAAAAAUGGUUGGCGUUCACAAGGCAGGAACAGUACGGAAAACAUAAACCAUCGUGGGGGAUACCAUGGCGGAGGGUCUCGCUCUCGUGCCAGCGCUUUCCACUCUGGAAAAAGUCAAGGACUGCAUGAAAACAGUGUACCUGACAAUGAAACUGGGAAAAAGGAAGACAAGGAAGAACCCAAACAAUUUGAGGCUGAGGAUUUUCCAUCUUUGAAUCCAGAAUAUGAAAGGGAACCAAACCAGAAUAAAUCUUUAGCUGCAGGUGUGUGGGAGUAUCCUCUGAAUCCUAAAUCUAGAUCUCCAAGAAUGCUGGUCAUUAAAAAAGGCAGUACAAAAGACUUGCAGAUAUCUGGAUUUCCUGUGGUAGGAAGUCUUCAUUCACAACCUGUGAAGAAUGGAACUGGUACAAGUGUUUAUAAAGGAUUAGUCCCUAAACCUGCUACUCCACCUGCAAAACCUGUACAAUGGAAAAGCCAAACAAAAGAAAAUAAACUUGGGACUCCAUUCCCUCAUGAGUCUGCAUAUGGAAUUGGGAACUUCAGUGCUUUCAAAUCAACUACCAAGGCUUUUAGUGCAUCACAAAAUUCAGUGAAAGAGUGUAAUCGGUCAAAUUCCUCAUCGCCUGUUGACAAAGUCAGUCAGCCUCGUUUAACAAAAUUGACAAGAAUGCGCACGGAUAAGAAGAGUGAAUUCUUGAAGGCAUUUAAAAGGGAUAGAGUAGAAGAGGAACAUGAAGAUGAGAAUCAUGUUGGGCAAGAGAAGGAUGAUGAAUCAUUUAACUUGCAUAAUAGCAACAGUGCUCAUCACGAGAGGGACAUAAACCGAAAUUUUGAAAAUGAAAUUCCACAAGAAAAUGGAAAUGCUUCGGUGACCUCUCAGCAAAUCAUUCGGUCUUCAGCUUUCCCACAGGCAGAUGUCCUUUCGAGCUCACUUGAGGCAGAGCAUAGGUUGUUAAAGGAGAUGGGUUGGCAGGAAGACAGUGAAAAUGAUGAAACUUGUGCUCCAUUAACAGAGGAUGAGAUGAGGGAAUUCCAAGUCAUUAGUGAACAGCUGCAAAAAAAUGGCCUUCGAAAAAAUGGCAUUCUGAAAAAUGGCCUCAUCUGUGACUUUAAGUUUAGCCCCUGGAAAAACAGCACUUUCAAGCCCACUCUUGAGAAUGAGGAUACUGAGACAAGCAGUAGUGACACAUCAGAUGAUGAUGAUGUGUGAAGAAUUCUCAUACAGCUGAAGAAACUUGUCUGAUCUCAUGCAAAUUUUGGGGUGAAUUGUUUAAACAAAUCUAAUUUAUGUAGUAAAAUACCCCACUUGAGGAAGAAUUUUGGGACUUCUUUUUGAAGAAAACGAGGAAUGUUGUGUUGGGCUGUGUUGAACAUUACUAUAAUUUCUUUGUAAAUGAAUGUUGUAGAAUGAGGACUUUGGUUGAUCCAGCAUUGACUCUCCAUCACUGCAGCAUUUCUGGCUAGCGAUAUAACAAAUGAGAUUUUUCUCAUUUAAUAAAAACAAGAAUUGUGUAAUGUUUUGCAAAGCUUCUGUUUUAAAAUGUUUAAGACUCUUAAGAAAAAAGGGCAACUUGACACAGUGCUUUGCUUUCCAAAUAAUUUCUUUUUUACAGUGGAAAUUCUCAAGUCAAUUUUGGAUGCAAAAAAGGAGCAAUGUAGCAUGUUGGCCAAAAUGAGCAAAGUGCACAAAACCUUUUUUCCUCAAUUGAGUUGUACUUUUUUUCUUUUAACAUACUUGCUCUUUAGCCAUUUGUAGUAUGCUCAUUGUUAUGGUAAGACUACUGCCACAGUUUCAAAUUUAUAGACCUGACCUUAAAUCGAGAGCUUCAUUUGGGUGCUGCAAGACCUAAGCUACUCGCAAUGGACACUAGCAAAUUCUUGUGGGGAAAAUAAGCAUUUUGCUAAACUUAUUCACAUGCAGAAAUACUGACUGGAACCAGUCCACUACAUGGAAAAUAAACUGGAUGUGUACAGUAUGUGCAUUUCAUAUGAACCUGUUACUGUUUUUGUUUACAUUUUAUUAAAUACAAAUGUCCUUUGG